UCAGCAAUUUCCAACCCAGGGAGCUGGUCUCUUGGGAGUGAGCAGUACUGUCAUUUGAGAAGGUAACCCCAUGUGCCUCUCUUUCCUUUGUAUUUCCUCUCAGAGAUUGACGGUUGGACCCCGUGUUGAAUGUAAUAUUAUCAUUGAGUCUACCUGCAGGAAGUUAGUCCUAAGAGAUGAAGCUGUCCCCUUUGUGAUUUCAGCAUCUCUGCUGAGAUCAUCUCACUCGGCCAGGCCCCUGCACGGCUUGGACUCCCCUGGCGCCAGGACUGCCCUGUGAGCCCCGCCCCGUUCUGCAGCCCGCAGCCCCGCUCGCCUCACGCUCCCAGCCUUCUGUGCGGGAGGACCUGUGCUGCUCUGCCCGCCCGGACCGCCCUCCCCUUUACUUCACCUUUCUUCCCCUCCUUCAGAGCUAAGCUCAGAUGUUGCUUUUUGAAGGUAAAGAAGCCCUUCUGAUCUUCUCACUGUGACAGAUGCCCUUGUUAAAACCCCUUUUUGCACUGAAUUGUACACAUAAAAAUGGUGAAACCGGUCAGUUAUGUGUUGUGUAUAUUUUACUGCACACACAUAUAGACCCUCCUCUGUGUGCACCUUCACUUGAGUUCCUUAGCACUUCCCAGAGUUGUAAAUCGAUAGCCUUAUAAACCCGUUGUCACUGUCCCCGGCCUCUGUUAGAAUUCGAGUUCAGCUCAGCAGUCUCGCUCCCUGUGAUGUACAGCGUGGUGCUGGGAGCGUACCAGGUGCUUAAACAUUACCUGUUGAGUGAAUAACGAAUUAGAAUGCAGAUCAGAAGCCCACAAUUUCAUCCCUUUCCUGAAUCGUUUCCUGUCUUGUGCUCUGAUCUUUCUUUCUGCUCAAGUUCCAAGGUUGUCCAGUGAAUACAUGCUGACUGACCAAUGGACAUCACUUAAGUUACUCUCAAAGGCUUUGUCAUCUAUGCUUUUGUUAAAUUCCAUGUAUGUUUUUGACAAUGAUGCAGCCAGCUGUGCUCAUACAUCUUUCACAAGGCUGUUUACAGCCCAGACACAGCAUGGAUAUAUGGAAUGAGGUUCUGGAAGGUUCCGUGAGUCCUAUCUUACUAUCAGUUCAGAGUUGGGUAAGAGUUUCCCAGUUACAUCUGUGUGGGAGAGAAAACUGGCCCUUCUCAGAAUGACUCCUCCUAUUUCUAGAAACACAGGGUCGAGUACAAAUAUGAGGUGGGAAAAUGGCCUUCACUCGUUUGUUAGUCAUUCUUGAAUGCUAGCGAUGUCAAGUCACUGAAAUGCUUAGACGAGUUGGGCAGCUGCCUUAUGGCGGUCAGCUCUACCGUCAGACUUUAGGGUCACGCUAGGAGAAUGGUCAGCCGUACUUAGACCCUAGAGAUUUUAAUGCUGUAGCUUUUUUAUUGAUUGUGAGUAUUUUCUCUGUUCUUAGAGUUGUUCAUUAAGGUGUGCUAUAGGGAAAGGCACUACUUAAAAUGUCUUUAUAUGUAAUAAUGGGAAGAAAACUCCUGGGGUGGAUAAAUGUGCUAACUCUUGUUGCUUUCACAGGGAAGAAUGAAAAAUGGGGGAAAUGGAUAGUGUGGCAAGGGCUGGGUCAGCCAUAGUGUUCAAACAGGAUGGAGAUGGCAUCUUUGUUUGACUAAAAUACUGAGUUGAGGUCAGAGCCAUGGACAGGAAAGUAAAUGCGUCAACUCACCGAAGCCGCCUAAUCAUGUGGAGCUAUUUGAGACACAAAGCUCACUUCAGGAGCUUCUUGGUGGGAGUGGCCCCCAUCCUGGGACACCCUAGAAGUCUGCAGGCCAAGCGUCUCCCUAAUGGCAUCCACCCAAGAACAUCCUGGGGAAAAUGUCCAGGGGAAGACCACCAGGAGCCAGGGUUCCUCCUGAUGAUGGGUGUGCUCUUCUGCUGUGGAGCUGGCUUCUUCCUCCGGAGGCGCAUGUAUCCCCCACCGCUGAUUGAGGAGUCUGCCUUCAACGUGUCCUACACCAGGCAGCCCCCAAACCCCACUUCAGGAGUCCACCAGCCGGGGCUGCCUUAUUACACCGACCCUGGAGGGCCAGGCAUGAAUCCUGCUGGGACCUCCAUGGCGAUGGCUUUCCAGGUCCAGCCCACCUCACCUCAGGGAAGCACAGCCUACCCACCACCCCCUUCCUACUGCAACACCCCCCCCCCACCAUAUGAACAGGUGGUGAAGGCCAAGUAGUGGGGUGCUGCCCAGCACCUCACAGGGGGACAGGGAGGGGCCCUCUCCCUCCGCCUCCCUGUCCCUGUCCUAUGAGCCACUAAGGGCCCCUUCCUCAGUGACGCCUUCACAGCAAGCACAGCUCCCUUUCCCUCUUCCAUGGGGUGGGGCUUGGAAUUCACCCCAUGUCUCCUCUGUUGCUUCUAUUUCUGAUGUGACUUGUGCUCUGGCAGAGCGGGGACAAUCCCCAGUGGUUAACAACAUAGGUAGCACGCCCAGAUCUCAUGAGAGAGACUAAGCAGGGGGCACAAGGCCAGGCGGUAUGGCAGGUGAGCCCACGGAGGGGCCAGGUGCCUGGCCCAGGAGAGCUCCCUCCCACCACAGGGAAAGCCUGGCGACAGCAGGCAGCUCACUGACGGUAGGCCCCACGGAGUUUGCUGGGGGAGCCUCAUCCUGUCAGUCUUCCUCAUCAAGCAGCUGUUAGACAUGUGGUGGAGAAGAAACCCUGGAGCACUUUCCUAUCUCCAUGAACUUCCUGAAGAUGAGAGGCUUCCUCUCUGCACAGCCAGGGCUGGGCAAGUGCUGUGCACAGCUCUCACCUCAAGAUGAGGGCCCAGGUCCAGGCCAAGCUGGAUGUUUACAGUCAUCUGAAAACCAGUAAAGGAAGAUAUUUAAAUUCACGGGAAAUUGCUCCGUGCUGCACACGGCGACAUUGCAUUUUAUGAGCUCCUGGUCUGUCUGACUUGGGAAAAAAUGUUUCCCCCUUCUUUGUUGCAUUUUUUGGAAGUUCGUGUACCUAGUCCUGUCCUUUGAGGUCAGACUGAGAAUGUCUACUCUGAAUAUCAGCAGCUUGCUGGUUUUGAUCAUGACCAAUGGUCUCAGCAUGCUUCCCCAGGGCAGCUCUGGUGGGGGAUGUUGACAGGCACGUUAAAAGCAGAGAGGACAUCUGGCUGGGGAGUUGGGUCCAUGCUUCAUAGAUGUGCCCAGGGCAAGGCCUUUGUUUGCUCUCAGCAGGUGUGUGCUGGGCUCUGAAGAGGAGGAGCUUGCUGAGAAAGACAGUAACAGGAAAUGCCAGGACUUCAGGGAGAUCUCUUCAAAAAGUACUAAUUAUAUUUCACUGGCAAUAUAAUGAAAAUUAGAAUAAAGAAGAUAAUGGUUAAAAAUGCAAAUCCUUGCCAAGAAACCUGUCUCACCCUUGGAUUUUACAGGUGGUCACUGGGGUUGUUGGCAGUGAGCAGGGAAGAUCAGUUCCUCUACAGUGGGACUCUGAGGUGGGGUUGGAAAUCUGUACUCACUGACCUUGAGCACCAGGGCAUCUCACUCGAGUGGGUACUAGUGCUUUUCAUCACCCUAGACCAGGAGUCUUGGUGUCCUGCUCUGCUAGGACAUCCUGUAAGGAGCAGGGGUGAGAAAUCUCGAUGGGCUGCAGUGACCCCUUAGGCUGACUUGACUUUAACGACGGAGAAUCUGGGAACCUCCAAGGGAAUCCUACAGGAAAUGCAUGGAGCCAGACAAAAGCCCUUGGAAACACAGUUUGUGAAGAGGUGCCGCUGCCGGGGUCUUCGACUGCCCUCGUCUGAACUCCUGCCCUGACUACAUUACCUCCCCACACAUAGGUCCUUGAUUCCUAUGAGACGACUAAGCACAACAUUGGCUGUUUACACCCAAGGGCAACUUGGGUCCAGGCAGUUCCUCAUCCACCAGGGCAUUUGUUUGGUCAUUUCCAACUUCUCCCUUUCCUGUUUCAGCAGAGCAGCAGUAAGAGCUGCCCCGGAACCAGAUUAGGGUACAGCUGCAUAGGCAUACAGAAGGCCACUGUGCAAUUGUGUUAUCUUUCUGAUAGCAGAUGUGCUUGAGACACUGAAUGAUUUAGGUAGUGCUUGACAAUUUUAUAUUCCCAUGUUUGUGUAAAGUAAGUUUUGUUUUUCUUUAACGCGGGUGAAAACCUCGCUAUAGUGAACACUGAUACGGUAUAUGGAAAAUCGACUUGUGGUGACAUUUCCCAGCCAUCGUCAUCUUCUCUGUGCUGUGGGUGGAUUAUGCCUACUGCUUAGACUCCGAUGUCAAGUCCUAUAGAGUCAGCAGUUAGGAGUAAACUUGGAGCAGAUCUGUGAAUGUUUUUCUUCUGCAACACUUGGCUCUUUUCUGUUUUUAGUUCUCUUUUGAUAGGGUCCUGUUUCCUAUGUAUGCAAAAUAAAAAUAAAUUUGGGCAUGUGCUUUGA